UAGGGACACGAAGCUGCCACCGGAGCAGCGGUUCGCCGCGCGCUGCGGCGGAGGGGACGCCGGCCUUCCCUUCCUCCUCCGAAGCUAACCACCACCCACCACCUUCGCGCGCGAAAUCUCCCCCCCCUCCCUUUCGCGCCGCCGCCGACCGCACAUCCCGGCCGGCAGAGGAAUCUACCCAGCUCCGCCGGGACAAUCCCCCAGCUUUCGCGGAGCAGGAGGCCGAACCCGGCCAGCUGAUCGACCAAUGGGCUCCGGCGAAUAGCUCGCCGGAACCAGCGCGGCGGCGUCCUGCCCUGUCCCCUCUUCCCGGACCUUCCUCUCUAGUCUCUCCGGCGUCCUGCUCCACGUACCGGCAUGAUAUAUGACGAGGCUGAGGAGAAACGCCCGGCCUGAAGCAAGGCCCGACCGGAGCUAGCGUCUCCGGCCCGGCCGUGCUGUUCGUCCAUCGGUCUAGUCUGGUUAGUGGUCUCGUUUUCCGCUUAGAGAGAAACCGCGCGUGUCGAGCGGCCGCCGGCCUGCCAUUGUCUGCCUUGAGGCGCUCCCUUAGCCAUGGGCGGUGCGCGGUGGGCGCCCCUCCUGAUCUUCGUCUCCCUCCUGCUGCUCCACGUGCAGGCAUGGCCCGGCGCCGCUCCGCUCAACGGCGAAGGAUUGGCUUUGCUGGAGCUUAGGGCCAGGGUGGAGGGAGAUCCCCAUGGAGUCUUCGAUGAUUGGGAUCCCAUGGGCAACAAUCCCUGCAGCUGGUCCGGCGUCCAAUGCUCUGACGGCAAAGUGGAGAUUCUGAACUUAACAGGUCGAGAACUAGCUGGAACUCUCGCACCUCAGAUCGGAAGCCUACAAGGUCUAAGAUCGCUUUUACUUCCCAAGAACAAUUUCCAUGGACAAAUUCCCAGAGAGUUUGGAGGGUUAUCUGCACUUGAAGUACUGGAUUUGAGUGCCAACAACUUGGAUGGAGCAAUUCCAAAAGAACUGGGUGCAAUGCCACUGCUCAAACAGAUAUCGCUUCAUAAUAACCAGUUCCAAGAUGGCUUCUAUUCUUUCGACAUACAAGAUAGAGCUGCCAAGCAAGCAUGCUGCUUGAGAAGAAAACUAGGUUGCUGGCUGGUGUCUAUGAAUUGGAUUUCUUUCAACGGCGUCCGCGGGAAAUAUUGCACCGAUCUACCAAAUCUUGGUGCGCCACACAUCAUGCAGAAUUUGCAGUCCUUUGCAAGUGCCAUGAGCCGCAGGCUGCUCCGUGAAGCUGGCAAUCUGCCUGCUCUUUCAGGGAAUGAUCUGGCAAAUUCAAAAGAAAUCCCGAGACCUGUUGAUGUUCUAUCUCUAGGGAGUGGUUCAUUUUCUGCGUUCCCGAAAUCGAACGGACCGUUGCUUCCAGAAUCUGUUCAGAAUGUUGAUCCUGCAACAGUGAAGCAGCUAUCUGCAGCAGUAACCCAAUCAGCUGACAAAGAGUCAUCUGGUGCAAAGUACAGCAAGUGGAUUUAUGUGCUCAUUUUCCCAGCUGCAAUAUUACUCAUUGUUGUGCCAAUUUUGAUUUGCCGGAAGCAAGGGCAUGCAUCGAUGGGCCCCUGGAGAACAGGACUGAGUGGGCCACUUCAAAAGGCAUUUGUAACAGGUGUUCCAAAGCUAAACAGGCCAGAACUUGAAGCAGCUUGCGAGGAUUUCAGCAACAUCCUUAACACUUUCCCUAGCUGUACUGUGUUCAAGGGGACAUUAUCUAGCGGCGUUGAGAUCUGUGUUGUCUCCACUUCCAUUUCAUCAAUCAAAGACUGGCCCAAGAGUGCAGAAACGCUCUUCAGAAAAAAGAUAGAUACACUGUCAAGAGUCAACCACAAGAACUUUGUCAAUCUACUCGGAUAUUGCAUAGAAAAUCAACCAUUCAUGAGGAUGAUGGUGUACGAGUAUGCUCCAAAUGGAACUCUAUCUGAUCAUCUUCAUGUCAAGGUGUAUGAGCAUCUGGACUGGGCUGCGAGGAUGAGGAUCAUCAUGGGCAUGGCCUACUGCCUCCAGUACAUGCACCAUGAACUUGAACCACCUGUGGCUGUAAACGAUAUGCGCUCUGACGCAAUCUUUAUGACAGAUGACUAUGCUGCCAAAAUUGCUUAUGUUGGCAUGUGGAAAGAACUCGCAGACAAAGCGAAAGCUGCAAAGGAGGAUGGCAGUAGUAGUCGCUCUGAAUCUGCUCCCGAUCUCACGGGCAACAUCUUCUGCUUCGGCGCGCUUCUGAUGGAGAUCAUAACUGGAAAGCUUCCUGAACAAGACGAUCAUGAAUCUAUCUGCACCUGGGCUGCAGAGCAUCUCAAAGCCAAGAGGUACACCGAGCUUGUCGACGAGUCGCUCCAGGAUCACAAGGCCAACGAGCUUGAGGCCGUCUGCGAGGUGAUCCAGGAAUGCACCGACCCUGACCCGACGCGGAGGCCAGAGAUGAGAGACGUCACGGGCAAGCUCAGGGAAGUCCUUGCCAUCACGCCGGAGGGGGCGGGGCCGCGGCUCUCACCCCUCUGGUGGGCUGAGCUCGAGUUACUGUCCAUAAAGUCGAGCUAGUAGGAUGCUGCUGUAUAUACACCAUUUGCUUGGGUGGGCACCAACGUGGUGUGAGUUGUGAAAAAUCCCUCUUGAUCUUACUAACUGUUCCGCUGUAAACUUUUCCUGAAUGUUGUGAUCAGCCAUGAGAAAAAAUGUUGUAACCAACAGUUGUGAUGCAACUAAUGCACAGAUUGAUCUUUACUCAAGAGGGGAAUACCAUGGCAUGUACAAACGAGUAUUUAUUUAAAAACAUUAUUGGUGUAAAAA